AUGAUCAGGAUUAAAAAAAUGAACGUUUUGGUGUUAAUUCUUUUUAUAAUUACGGUUGUCAUUGUAGGAUUUUUGUACAAAAAUCCUUCAACUGUCUACAACUAUUACUACAACAAUAAUAAUAAUAAUAAAAAUGAUAACAGUAUUAAUAAUAAUGAUGAUGAUCUAAAUUUCAAAUCAAAUAUAAUGUUUAGAGAAAAUGACAAAUUAAAAAUACGGACCCCAGUGAAAUCAAACCUUGAUGAUCAACAUAUUAAUAAUAAUAAUAAUAAUAAUGAUAAUAUUGAAAAUAAUAAUAAUCAUAUAAAUAAUGACGACGAUGAUGAUAGUAACAUUAAUAACAAUCGUAAGAAUAAUAAUAACAACAAAUCAAAAUUAGGGACAAGAGUACAGUCCCCACUCAUCGAAGAAAGUAACGAUGAGAAUAUCCCCUUGGAGUAUGUGGAUUACGGUAAUGAUAAUAAUUAUUCAAACGAUUCAAAUAAGAAGAAAGAUACUAAAAAACAACAAAGGAACAACAACACUAAUCCUAAUUUAGAUCCACCUAAUAUAAAGCCAGUAAAACUUUACAUAAAUUCUCACAAACAAAUAAUAAACAAUCCAAAUAAUGAACAAAAACAACAACAAACGGCUAAUACCACAGAUAAAACAAAGGAGCUGAAAGAUUAUGUUGACUUGAGUGCCGCUACACCAUCCUAUCAAACUUAUAUUGUUAUUCAUAACGGGUAUGCUUCUUAUGUUUCUAGCAAGGGCGAUAUCUAUCUCAACAUCCCCCACACUGUGCCAAAGCAGUAUUAUACUUUCACAUCAAAGAAUCUUCCGAAGGACCCGAUGAUGAGACCAAGCCUAGGGAAUGGUUUCAUUGGUACCGUCGUUGAUUCAGAAUAUGUUCACAUUAGUGGUUUUCACGUUGGAAAGUUUAAUGAAAGUCAUCGCGCCCCGGUGCCUUCGACUGUUUUGUUUGAUCUCUCCGUAGAAGGAGGAGUCAAAAGAAGUUCGGGGAUUGUCAGUCAUAAGCUGGAUGUUUCUAAGGGCAUCUACACAAAAACUCACGAGUACAGAAACUUCAUGAUCCAUAAAAGAAUCUACGCUCAUCGGGAAAUUCCAAAUCUGCUGGUGGCCGAGAUUGACUGUGUCCGAAUACGAGCUGAUGUCGGAAUGCCUACAAUUAAGUUGAAUCUUACAAAAUGGCAAGAUUCUGGUGAAAUUAUGUUUGAAAAGGAGCCAAAUAUCCUCCCCAAUACUAGUUUGAAAGUUGGAAGAUCACUGGCUCCGGAAACAGUGGGUAUGGUUGAUGUAGAUUUGAAGUUGUUCGUUAUGUACGAUCACUUGCCAAAAACCUUGAAACCAUCGAAAAAAAUAAGCAAAUGGGUGUUCUUGACUUCGUAUGCUUUUAGUAGGGAGGAAUGCUUACGUUCUUAUAAUAUGGGGAAAGACAUGAUAGCUGGUAAAGAUGGACUGAUUGUGUCACACGUUAAUGCUUGGAAAGAGAUAUGGAAAUCUGGUGAGGGUCGGGUUGAUAUCGAGGUCAAGGGCGACAAGGCUAACAAUUACAACUCAACACUCCCGUCUGUCAUGUACUCCUCCCUCUACUACAUCCUCAGCUCCUUGCCGCUACAGUUCAGUCCAUCGUUCGUCGGAGUUUCAACCUCGGGUCUGCCGUACGGUGGGCCUCACAUGCCAAUCAGAAGUCGAGUGACAGCUGAACAAGAACUCUUCUUAUCUCCACUGCUCCUUCUGCUGCACCCAGGCUUGCAGUUGAACCUGCUCCUGUCGAGGAGGCAGAUUUUGUCUGGAGCUUUUAAGAACGCUGAACUCAAUAAGCAGAGAGGUGUUGUUUAUGCAUUUGAGAGCGCCUACACUGGUGUUGAAAUGAACGCGAACAUGUCGCGUGGUGUCUUCUCAUCAUACACGUCUGCCAGUGUAUCAUUCUCUAUCCUUCAAUACAUCUACGCCACCAACGACACCGACACAAUUGAAUCGAAACUAUCUGGUCUCGUAUCGAAUAUAUCGGAGUUCCUCCAGACCCGAAUGCGAAUAAAUUCAGAUAACUUCAAAAUCGAUAUACCGAACGAAAUACCGUUCGAUAGUUCGCACGGCCCUAUCACGAAUUCUCCUCUGUCAAAUGCGCUCAUCAAAUCGGCCAUCUUUUUGCCGACUUUGCUGAAAACUUUUCGCGGGGACUCUUCUCCAAUUUCACCAUGGAUUCUUGAAGCCGAGAAUAUUACCGAGUUGAAGGUUUUGGAUGAGAGCAAAAUGAUCUACGCUCCGUUUGACGAGUUUGAUCCUGCUAAAGAUAAGAUAUCAGAGGCGGAUGUGUUGAUGCUGAACUAUCCACUACCAUCGUUGCUACCAAAGAAAUCCAUCUUUAAUAACCUGAACUACUUCAAAAAAAUCCUGUCGACAGAAGCCUCGCCCAUGACGAUAUGCUCAAAUCUGAUUGGCUAUCUAUCAGCCAAUGAGAAACAGUCUGCUGACGAUCUUCUACACGUUCUGUUAGAACAUACAAGAUAUCUCAAAUUUAAGACGUGGGUGAGUUACGACCGCGAAAACCGGCGCAUCCCUAAUCACAUUCCCGCCAUGGCGGGAAUGCUUCAAGUCGUCAUCAACGGUUACCUGGGGAUUCGCCUGCUAUCUGAUAGGCUGAAUUUAAAUCCGAAGUUACCUCCCACCGCCAAAUCCGUGCACCUGAUAGGUCUAGAUUACCUGGGUCAUGUUAUGAAUAUUUAUGUGGACGAGAAUGAGAUAAUCAUUACUUUGAUCAAAGAGCCUAAGAAUGUUGGCGAUGCUAAUGACAAUAGCGACAUCAAUAACGAUAAUGAUAAAAAUAAAUUGGUUUUAGUUAAGGAUAUUCACGGCGAGAUACGCGACUUGAAGUUGAAGAAUUCUAUAAGAUUUAGCAUAUCAAACUACACUAUAAUGACUUUAAGAAACUUGAAAAAACAUCUCUAA